AUGUCUAAGAAGUCUGAAUUGAAGAGAUCAAACAAGUCGAAGAAGGGUGAGAAGAAGGUCGAAGAGAAGGCCGCUAAGGAGCUUAAAGAGAAGAAGGAAGAGUCCAGCAGUGAAUCGGAAAGCGACUCUAGUAGUGAGUCUGAAUCCGAGUCUGAUUCAAAACCAGAGUCAGUGAAAUCUGAGUCUGAGUCUGAGUCUGAGUCUGAAUCUGAUAAGUCUGAUUCCGAGUCUGAGGCUGAGAAGGUCGCCGAGAAAAAGGAAACCUCUGAGUCUGAGUCUGCUUCUGACAGUGAAUCUGACAAGGAAGACACUGAGUCCACUGACUCUAAGAAACGUAAGUCUGAUGACGAAGAAGCCGAACCUGCUACCAAGAAGGUUAAGGCCAAGUCUUCAGAUGAUUCUGAGCCAGCCACCGUUUUCGUUGGAAGAUUGUCGUGGAAUGUUGAGGAUGAUGCCUUGAAGGAAUUCUUUGAGACUAAAUGUGAAGGUGUUGUGAGUGCCAGAGUUCUGACUGACAGAAGUACUGGAAGAUCGAAAGGUUUCGGUUACGUCGACUUCGACGAUAAGGAGCAUGCAGAGAAGGCCAUCCAAGACUUGCAAGGUAGUGAAAUUGAUGGUAGAGCCGUCAAUCUCGAUAUGGCCACAUCCAGACCAAGAAAUGGCUCUUCAAACGACAGAGCUAAUGACAGAGCCAAGAGAUAUGGUGAUGCUCCUUCUGAGCCAUCCGAUACCUUGUUUGUUGGUAAUCUUUCUUUCGAGGCUACUUAUGACGAUGUCAGAGGUGCCUUCGAAGCCGUUGGUAGUGUUGUUGGUAUCAGAAUUCCAACUCACCCAGGCACUGAAGAUCCAAGAGGUUUCGCUUACGUCCAAUUCGGUUCUGCUGAAGAGGCUAAGGGAGCUAUGGAGAAGUUGAAUGGUGAAAACAUCAACGGAAGAGCCAUCAGACUUGAUUACUCUACUCCAAAACCUCAAGGAAAUUCUUCUUUCGGAAGAUCUAGUAGAGGUGGUAGAGGUGGCAGAGGUGGUAGAGAAAGAGGUUCGUGGGGAGGAAGAGAUGGAGGUAGAGAUGGAGGAAGAGAAAGACGUCCUGCUGCUUCUGGUGCCAACUCUGUUCCUGUCCAUUUCAAGGGCUCUAAGAAGACAUUUGAUUAA